AUGUCACUGGCAUGUGCCGGGUUGCGGGCUCUUGAUUUUGGCAAAAUGGUUCAUGGUUUUAUCAAGAAGAAUGAUGAGAUUGAUUCGAACUUGUUUGUUGGGUCGGCAAUGAUUGAACUAUACUCCAAAUGUCGAAUGUUGGAUGAUGCUUUACGUGUUUUUGAGGAAUAUACUCAACCAGACAUUGUAUUGUGGACUACCAUGAUUACUGGAUUUGAGCAGAGUGGUGAUGCUGUAGAAGCUCUGUCCUUAUUCACGAGAAUGGUAAUGCUGGGGCGUGUUUGUCCGGACGCUAUAACCCUUGUUAGUGUUGUUUCGGCUUGUGGGCAGUUGUUAAAUUUAAAGGCCGGAAUUAGCGUGCAUGGUUUUGCGGUUAAGAUGGGGCUUUAUAGUGGCCUAUCAUUGUCCAAUGCUUUCUUGAAUUUAUAUGCAAAAACGGGCUGUGUCAAUGCUGCGUCCAAUUUGUUUAAGAAAAUGCAAGAAAAAGAUGUGAUUUCCUGGGGUUCUCUCAUUGCUUGUUAUGCUCAUAAUGGGGCUGCUAAGGAAGCUUUAGAUGUUUUUAGUGAGAUGACACAUAAACGAGUUGAACCCAAUUCAGUUACUGUUAUCGGUGCUUUGCAAGCGUGUGAAGCAACUUGUAAUUUAGAAGAGGGUAAGAAAAUCCAUGAAAUUGCUGCUCGGAAAGGGUUUGAGUUAGAUGUCUUGGUUUGUACAGCUCUGAUUGAUAUGUAUAUGAAUUGUGGUUCCCCUGAUGAAGCAGUCGAACUCUUUCAUAGAAUGACCAAGAAAGAUGCAGUUUGUUGGGCUGCUUUGUUAUGCGGAUGUGUUCAAAAUGGAAUGGGAGGCAAGUCAAUGGGAAUAUUUUGCAAUAUGCUGUCCAGUGGUAUCCAACCUGAUGCUGUUGUUAUGGCGAAGAUUCUCACAGCUUGUUCAGAACUAGGGAUUCUUCAACAAGCUUUUUGCCUUCAUGGUUUUGUCAUCAAAUGUGGCUUCAGCAAUAAUGCUUUUAUUGGUGGUUCACUUAUAGAAUCUUACUCAAAAUGCUGUAGCUUAGAUAAUGCUAUUAAGGUUUUCGAAGGAAUUAAUGACAGAGAUAUUGUUAUUUGGAGCUCAAUGAUUGCAGGUUAUGGAAUGCAUGGCAGAGGGAGGGAAGCCCUAGAAUUAUUUGAUCAGAUGGUUAAGAAUACAACAAUUAGGCCUAACAAUGUAACAUUCCUUUCAAUUUUAUCUGCUUGUAGCCAUGUUGGUUUGGUUAAAGAAGGGAUUGAAUUAUUUAAUAUGAUGGUUCAUGAAUACCAACUGAUGCCCAACUCGAAGCAUUAUGGCAUAAUGGUUGAUCUGCUUGGCCGCACUGGAGAGUUGGACAAGGCUAUGGGCAUUAUUAACCAAAUGGCAGUCCCUGGUGGGCCCCAUGUCUGGGGGGCCUUGCUUGGUGCAUGUAGGAUUCAUCAGAACACCGAGAUGGGAGAGGUUGCAGCAAGGAAUCUUUUUCAGUUAGACCCUGAUCAUGCAGGUUAUUACAUUCUGUUAUCAAAUAUUUAUGCCAGUGAUGGAAAAUGGGAUGAUAUGACAAAACUUAGAACUUUAGUCAAAGACAAAAUGUUGAAGAAGCUAUCUGGUCAAAGCAGGGUUGAGGUCAGAAGUGAAGUCACCAUCUCAUAA